UCUAGUUCUCAGUUUCUCUAUGUUUGGUAAUGUUUUUUCAUGAAAACAUUAAAUAUAUUUAAUACAUAAAAUGAAUUGAAACUGAUGUAAUUUUAUUUUCUGUCGAAUAAUUAAGUCUGAAUAUUUAACAAAUAAUAAUCUGAGUAUAUGGUGCCUUAAACAACAAAAAUUUAGAAGAAAACGUCAGAUUUGACAUUGAAAAUUUGAAGCAGUUAAUCUUUGAGAAUUAGCAGUUAUUUGAGUGUACCUGAAUAAGCAAUAAAUUAAGACAAAAUAAAUGGAGAAUAAUGAGAGAAAAAUAUAUGGUCCAAUACUGCCAGUUGCUAUGGGUUCCAAACAAGGUUCUGAUGAUGAUAGAUAUUCAGAAGAAGAAAAAAUCUUAGAAGAUAAUGAAAGGGGAGAUUUAAACCAGGCCUAUGGCCCUGUAUUACCGAUAAAUUUACAAAAACAAAAAAAUUCUGACAGUGCAUCGAUAGGACCUUCUCUUCCAUCACAUAUGAAAGAAAAAUUAGAAGGGAAAAUUUUGGAAGAAGACCAUAUAUCCAUAGGGCCUUCUCUUCCACCACAUAUGAGAGGAAAAUUAGAAGAAAACGUUUUGAAUGAAGAUAAUACAACCAUAGGACCUUCCCUUCCUCCACAUAUGAGAGAAAAAUUAGGCAAUACAGUUUUCCAAGAAGAUCUUGAAGAAGAUUCAAGUGAAGAAGAUACAUAUGGACCUGCACUGCCUGGACAAGAAUUCAAAUCUAAGAAUGCUAUAGCUUUAGAGGAAAGAGCUCUAGAAAUGAAAUUAAAUCAAUUGAAUCCUGGACAACAAAAAAAAGAAAGAGAAGAAUGGAUGAUUGAAUUACCCACUGUUAGUGCUAGUAAAUUGGGCUUGGGACCUAGACAGUUCAGACCUACUGCAGGGCCAGAUUUGUCAGAUAGAUCUUCCUGGACUAAUACUCCGAAUGCAAAAAAUAAGAAAAAAGCAGAUACCAAUGAUUUAAGAAAAGAGAUGGAAAACUCUGAACUCAGAAAACGAGAUAGGGAGCAAGAAAAAAGAGCGAAAAAACACAAAAGAGACACUGAAAGUUUAGUAGAAAUGCAUCAGAAGAAACGGAAGAAAGACAAGGAGGCGGGUCCAAAAGCAAGAGUACCAUUCAACAGAGAAACAGAUUUGCAAGUAAAUAGAUUUGAUGAGGCACAGAAAGCAGCUGUUCUGAAGAAAGCACAGCUGUUGGAUGACAGAUUUUCAUCAGGAAAGACUAAAUUCUUAUAAAAUGUUUAUUCUCAUUUUGAUGUGUACAUAAUUUGUAAAUAUAAUAAACUAAUUUCUUUAUGCAUUUAAUUAUAAAGUAAAAGUAU